UUCUUAUGGCCUGUUUUUCUAUGUACGCACACUGAUGUUUUCAUCCACACAAUUCUGCCAUUCUUCCGAACGGCUUUCAACGCCCUUUUGGCCAGACGCGCUUUACAUAGGCUACUGCAACAUGUCGCGCCAGUGAUGCGCGCAACCUUCCGUGUUAUGUAACACUGUAGAGCUCCAUCAGCGAGGAUGAUGCGUGAUGCUCUGCUUGGGCUGUUUCCACGUAAUGACGGAUGCUGAGCUGCGUCCCACUCCCCCUCCCCUGCUCCAUACGAAUAGUCCUCCAUGCUGCCAACAGACGGACAUUACACGGCCGAGGAAGACAACAAACAGCCUCCAUCACUAGGGUUGAGAUUUUUACCAGUGUAGGUUGGUGUUAAUGUCCGAGUGCCGCCAUGGCAAACAGGGGACCAAGCUAUGGGCUCAGCCGUGAGGUCCAAGAGAAGAUUGAACAGAAAUACAAUGCGGAUUUGGAGGCUCGGCUUGUGGAAUGGAUCCUGGCCCAGUGUGGUGACGACUUGGAGCGACCUGAACCUGGCAGACAGAACUUCCAGAAAUGGCUCACGAGUGGAACAAUUCUCUGCCGGCUCAUCAACAGUCUGUACCCCAGUGGUGAGGAACCAAUUAAGAAAAUUACAGAAAGUAGUAUGGUCUUUAAGCAAAUGGAAAAGAUUUCUCAGUUCCUGCAGGCUGCUGAAGACUAUGGUGUCAAUAGAGGAGACAUAUUCCAAACUGUUGAUCUUUGGGAAGGAAAGGACAUGGCUGCAGUCCAGGGGACACUGAUGGCUCUGGGAAGUGAAGCUCUGACAAAGGAUGAUGGACAUUACCGUGGAGACAAAGACUGGUUUCAUAGGAAAGCCAAGGUCCACAAGAGGGAGUUUUCUGAGGAGCAGCUGCGUCAAGGUCGCAGUCUUAUCGGCUUGCAAAUGGGAACCAAUCGUGGAGCAUCUCAAUCUGGCAUGGUAGGGUACGGCACCCCACGGCAAAUCAUGCGGUAUGACUCUCCUCGACACAAUGGACAUCAGAGCAAUCCCUAAAC